AUGACUACGUACAUUCCCUCUCUCACGCUGCCUAUUGCCGCCUUUCAGCAUUCGGCGACGUCCGUUCUGCUGCCCAUCGCCUUUGCGGAUAAAACGGUCAAGACGUACUUGGCGCUCAAGCAGCCUCCGCUGCACCCGCCUGCCUAUGUAUUCGGUCCUGUCUGGACCGUUCUCUACGGUCUUAUGGGCUACGCCGCGCACCGGGUCGCCUCGGCCGGCCUCUCGUCGCUCGCCUCGCCGGCCACGGUCGCCACCACCAAGCACUCGCUGACCGUGUACACGAUCCAGCUCGGGCUCAACCUGGCGUGGAUGCCAAUCUUCUUUGGCGCGCGCCGCCCCAUCGAGGCCACCGCCGACCUCGUCGCGCUCCUCGGCCUCAACGGCUGGCUCGCCUACACGUGGAGCACCAUUGACGAGACGGCUGCGUGGCUGCAGCUGCCGUAUCUUGGCUGGCUUGCGUUUGCGACCUAUCUGUCGGCGGGCACCGGCUACCUCAACGACUGGGACAUGUCGGACGAGGCGCUCGAGGCUACGAAAAAGACCCAGUAA